UGCUCCUGCAACAUUCCGCCGUGUGAGCAGUUCACCGGGCGCUGCCAGUGCCGGGAGCGAAUGUUUGGCCCGCGCUGUGACCGCUACUGUCAGUGCUACAAGGGGAAGUGUAACCAGGUGGAUGGUACCUGCACCUGUGAGCCGGGCUAUCGGGGCAAGUACUGCCGGGAGCCCUGCCCAGCUGGCUUCUACGGACAAGGCUGCAGGAAGCGAUGUGGGCAAUGCAAAGGGCUGCAGCCCUGCACCAUUGUGGAUGGCCGCUGCCUGGCCUGUGAAGCUGGCUGGAAUGGCACCAAGUGCGAUCAGGCUUGCUUGUCGGGCUUCUACGGAGAUGGCUGUGAGAAAAUCUGCCCCCUGUGCAAAGACGGCCACACCUGUAACCACAUCAAUGGCAAGUGCUCACACUGCAAUCCCGGCUGGAUAGGAGACAGGUGUGAAGUGAAGUGUCACAAUGGGAUGUAUGGUGAGAAUUGUGCCUUUGUGUGCAGUGACUGCUUCAAUGGAGAAUGCCACUUUGAGACUGGCAGAUGCCUCUGCCAGGCAGGCUCUCACGGCACCUAGUAAGUAACUCUUGUGUCUCGCC